ACAGUAAAAGCCGAGCCUUUCCGGCACCUAGUGUUGAGUGUUGAACAACUUUGUUAGAUUGACAAACACUUUUCGUUUCUGCCAGGUUUUUUUUUCGGUGCAUUUCUAAUGCUGCAAUGAUGUCUGCAGGAAACGAGACUAAUGUGUCUACAUAUCUGCGACCGAAAGGUGAUGAUGCUGCCAAAAUGUCUUCACUUUGUGCAGCUUCGGCUGCAGCUACUGUUCCAACUACAUUAGCUGCUUCCGGUCAAGGAGAUGAGUACGUCUUCAAGAUGCCAAUGCCGCCAGGCGCUGCUGCCAAGAAUAAACCCAACUACCGCAUCAUCAAGGGCGCAACGGCAGGCCACUUAAGCAGCGUCUCAUCGGUAAAGUUCAGCGCGGAUGGCGAUUAUCUGGUAAGCGCAUCCGCAGACCGUUUGCUCAAGUUGUGGGAUGUACGCACGAUCCAAAGUUAUCAGACGCUGGCAGGACACGAGAAGGGCAUCAACGAGGUAGUGUGUGCACAGAAUGGAAAACUUAUCGUCAGUUGCGGCGACGACAAAAUGGUAAAGCUAUGGGACUCGAAUAGCAACAGUUGCGUCAUGACCAUGCAGGGACAUUUAAACUGUGUAUUCUGCUGCUGCUUCAAUCCGCAAACAAAUCUCAUUUUGUCUGCCAGUUUCGAUGGUUUGGUGCACUUGUGGGAUCUCCGAACUGGCAGGAUUCUCAAGAGAUUGGCCGCUCAUGGGGAUCCCAUUACAUCUGUGGACUUUAACCGCACCGGCAGUCACUUCAUUACGAGCAGCCACGACGGAUUCAUACGAAUGUGGGAAUCCGCCACCUUCCACCUCGUGAAGACGCUCUUGACUGACGACGACAACCCCGUGGUGGGGCAUGCAAAGUUCUCGCCCAACGGCAAAUACAUACUGAGCUCCACCUUUGACAACACCCACAAAUUGUGGAAUUACGAAAAGUCAAAGGUUCUGCGCAGGUAUACCGGACACAAGAAUGAGUGCUACUGCCUGACCGCCAACUUCUCGGUAACGGGCGGGAUGUGGAUUGUUUCGGGCAGUGAGGACAAAUCGCUAUGCAUCUGGAGCCUGCAGACAAAUAAGCUGGUCCAGAAGAUUGACACCAACGGCGACUUGGUUAUUUGCACCGACUGUCAUCCAAAGGAGAACAUCAUUGCCACUGGUUCCCUUGAGAAGCCCUUCACCGUCAAGACAUGGAAGAGCUGUGAAUAACCAGACGACCAGAAGAGAAUUACCCUUUAAACGCCUACAACGAGUUCCUUAAUCUGUAAAUCGAGCAAAUAAACGGAUUCAAAUUA